ACAGGAAGUGUUUAAGAAACAGCUUCCGGAUGGCCGAUAGGGGGCAGAGGUGACCAGUGCUUAAUUUUAAGAUGGCGACACACAUGGCAAGGUUCAGAACCUGGGGCCAAGUUAGAAGGUUCGGAAUCGCAGCCUACAGGCGGUACAGCAGUAGCACCGGAUACCCUAAUGUGUCCCUGUCUGCACCGCUGCCCGGAAUUCCCAAGCCGGUGUUCGCGUCGGCAGACGGGCACGAAAAAUAUGAGACUAAAAUCACUACAUUGGAAAACGGCCUUAAAGUCGCAUCGCAGAACAAGUUCGGUCAGUUCUGCACAGUAGGAAUUUUGAUCAAUUCAGGCUCUAGACAUGAAGCAAAGUAUCCAAGUGGAAUUGCACACUUCCUGGAGAAACUUGCUUUUUCUUCUACAGCCCAGUAUGGCAGCAAAGAUGAAAUUCUCCUCACUCUAGAAAAACAUGGAGGAAUCUGUGACUGUCAGGCAUCCAGAGACACCACCAUGUACGCGGUUUCUGCUGAAGUCAAGGGCCUGGACACGGUGGUCAGCCUGCUAUCAGACGCUGUCCUGCAGCCCCGUCUCCUUGAGGAGGAGAUCGAGAUGACCCGGACGGCCGUGCGAUUCGAGCUGGAAGAUCUUAACAUGAGGCCAGACCCUGAACCCUUGCUGACAGAGAUGAUCCAUGCGGCGGCAUUUCGUGGGAACACUGUGGGCCUCCCACGCUUCUGUCCUGCCGAGAACCUGGAGAAGAUCGACCGGGACCUGCUGACAACCUACCUGCGCAGCUACUACUGCCCGGAGCGCAUGGUCCUGGCCGGCGUGGGCAUCGAGCACGAGCAGCUGGUCGCCUGCGCCAGGAAGUACCUGCUGGGCAUGACACCGGUGUGGGGAGCGGGCACACCAGAGAAAGUGGAUCGCUCUGUGGCUCAGUACACGGGUGGCAUCGUGAAGACCGAGAAGGAUAUGUCGGACGUGAGCCUGGGCCCAACGCCCAUCCCGGAGCUCACGCACAUCAUGAUCGGCCUAGAGAGCUGCUCCUUCCUGGAGGACGACUUCAUCCCCUUCGCGGUCCUCAACAUGAUGAUGGGCGGUGGCGGCUCCUUCUCGGCCGGCGGUCCCGGAAAGGGCAUGUUCACUCGCCUUUACCUCAACGUCCUCAACAGACAUCACUGGAUGUACAACGCCACAUCAUACCAUCACAGCUACGAGGACAGCGGCCUGCUUUGCAUCCACGCCAGUGCAGACCCCAGACAGGUACGAGAAAUGGUGGAGAUCAUAACCCGGGAGUUCAUUCAGAUGUCCAGUGUGGCAGGCGAGAUGGAGCUGGAGCGGGCAAAGACACAGCUGAAGUCCAUGCUGAUGAUGAACCUGGAGUCGCGGCCUGUCAUCUUCGAGGACGUGGGCCGGCAGGUGCUCGCCACAGGCCAGAGAAAGCUGCCGCAUGAGCUCUGCCAGCUGAUCAGCAGCGUCACGGCUGCGGACAUCAAAAGGGUGACCUCCCGGAUGCUCCGGAGCAAGCCUGCUGUGGCCGCACUCGGGGACCUGUCAGAGCUGCCCUCGUAUGAACACAUCCAAGCCGCGCUUUCCAGCAAGGACGGACGACUGCCGCGUACUUACCGCCUCUUCCGAUAAUCACUGGGACUGAUUGGGGGGAGGGGGGGUAGUGCACACACCAUUCUUGGUCCUCUGGGGAAGAGAUCGAGCGCAGGGUGACCACCUGGACUGGAUCGCUUUGUGAUGCUCAGGGGAUGCAAACACAAGCUGCGUUACAGGGGACACCUUGUAAAGACUCCCCAGGCUGCAGGAAUGACCCAUAACACAUAAUGGUGCCAUUUACAGACCCUUUGAGUUUGCAUGUUGCUUGAAUAGUGACUGUGACAAGGCUUGGGGUGGGUCUUUGUUGUGUAGGCUUUUUGUGGCUAAGAGUUGAAAGGAUCUAAUUAAAUAUUUUUUUAAGCUUUUGCACCAAUGCAAAAUUAUGCAUUGAACUGAAACAACAGAGAUGGAAAUAUGAAGGGAAAAGAUAAAUCCAAAAAUUGUCCCCUUGCCCCAUCAAGAAUAAUCGGGGCACAUUCUUGGAUUUUUCUUGUCCUUUGGAUUGGUUAACUGUAGGUCAUACCCCCCUUCCGACCUCUCUUUGGUGGUUUGUAAUUGGCUAUUGCACGGUUUCUUUGCGUCAACUGCCCCGCCCCUCUCUCGCCUCAUUGGAGGAGGAAGACUUACCUGAAAGAUGCACAUUACGAUCACCCAUUCAACAGCUGCGUCCUGAUAUCCGAUUGUUAAUUUCUACUGCCCCUUUUAUUUAUUUCUCGAGGCUUGAAGAAUAUUUUGUAUGUUGGCAUGUAUGGGCCAGUUAGUGUGAUACCGGAAUCAUCGGUUGUGGAAGAGGACGUGCUAUAAAAUCGUUUUGCUGUCAAAACCUCACUCACUAUGUAUCCAUCUUUGUCCUUCACACUCAAGUUUAAAACGGACUUAAAGCACACUUGACUAUGUCCGCACACAUAUGGUCUCAUGUUACUUUUGCUCAGAACUAUUUCUUUACCUGUGGUUUUGUCUUUAGGAAGUUGUCUGUAUUAAAAAUAUAUAUUUUAUGUUUUUUUGUUUUUUUAUUUGCUGCCUUCUGAAAUGUUUCUGAGGGCGGAGUUUAAUCUUGGUUUCUGCAGUUCCUAACAAAUGAGGGCCCCUCAUUCAGUGGCUUGCAUCUUUAUGAGACACAACUAAGAUUAUGACUUCUAGUGGAUUAAGUUUAUAUUUCUAAGCGCUCUGUGUGCAGUGUGGAUGUCCAGCUCACAAAGACCCAUUAAAUGUAGUCUUGCACCAUGGAAAUUUUGGUGCAAAGAGAUAGACGACCAA